AUGUUUGACCUCCCAGAGGCAAAACGCGUCCGUCGCGACGAAAUCCUCUCCCGCGAAUCCACAUCCCCAUCACCCUCUCCACAACCAGAAACAGAAUAUCAAGAUAGCCACCAGCGUCUAGCCGCACUACUCAACUUUGACGUCGACGCCUUUGCACCUGAGCAGACAAUCGCUGCGAAUGCGGGACCAGAACCAACAGAAACCAACCACGAGCAAAAAGAAGGAGAAGAAGGAGAAGACGAAGAACAAGAAUUUGAAUUCCGGCUCUUCAGCGCCCCAAAACCGUCCACCGCAACACGCACCGCACAGAACGAACAAAAGAACGAAGCCGGCGCAACACAAACACAAACGCAAAAGCUACGCAUUCGAGUACGCUCGCCAACGCCCGGGCCCGCGGAUUUGUCAGAGGGACGAUUUGUGAAUCCGUUCCGUGGAUGGCAGUAUUAUUUCACGGCCCCGGGUUUGUUAUCAGGUUCGAAGGAGAGCGAGGACGAGGAUGAAGAGGGGAAGUCGAGAAGGAGACAAUUUGAGGAUGUUGCUGUUACCGGAGAACAUAUGCUAAAUUGGGCUAGUGUGCAGCCUUGGCCCGGCUGCCACCUCCCCUGGCGCAUAAUCCACCUCAAACGUCAACACACCAAACUACCCAAAGACCCCUCCACGCCAGCACCAGCCAUAUACAUAACUGACCCCCCCACAACAAGAACGCCGAAAUCCCACAAGAAGCCCGGUAAAAAGCGCCGCAUCCAGCUCCGCAAGCGCGUCACGGCCGCGGAGACGGCGAAGCUGGCAGAUGCGGAGAAGCGGAAUCGUAAGAAUCGCGAGAGGAAAAUUAAGAGGAGACAGAAGGCAAGGGAGCAGAAGGCUGCGGCAGCGAUUGCAAAUGGGGAGGAUCCGGAUGUUGUUAUGGCGGAA